CGAAGCUUGAUUGCUCUUCUCCCUUUUUAUAUCAUUCACAACUCUCCUGAACCAUGGCAGGAGGCAAUGCCGAGAAGGGGCAGGGCUACAUCGCGGCCUUGGACCAGGCGCGGAGUCAGGGCAAAUGGGAUGAGAUCCCCGAGUUGAUUCGGAAAGUCACAAAACACGCACCACAAAAGACUUGCCUGAUACAGACCGCAACAGCGGAAUCGCGUGUGAUUGUGUAUCUUCAACAAAAGUCCUCCGGCGACUCGUCUUCUUCCUCGCCCAAUCUCGUCGAGCUGAUCCCGGCCCUGUUGAUGACAAUUGAGAAUAAUGACGGAUCACCACAAGAAUUAUUGCAAGCGCAGGUCUGCCUGGGGUGGAUACAUUGGGCUUUGAACGAACCUGGACUUUCGGCAGCGCGUCUCCCUAAGGAUUUUGCGGCAACACUUGAUAGCUUGGCCAGUGGAGGAGAGCAACCUACUUCAUGGACCGAGGUCUGUUUAGUGAAGGGAUGCUACAUCAAGGCUACCGCACAAUCUACCGCUGCAGACAUUAAUGAGACACUGGAGACAUUUGCAUCUCUAGUUCCGUGGCUACGCGGCGGUAAAUUAACCUCAAUCACCACCCCGCAAUUCCUGAGCUGGUCCGAGUCACUUCUGGGAAAUGGUGCUCUUUUGGCUAGUGAUGAAGCGACCAAGCAUACACCCUAUUCAGAUCCUAGGCAUGCAGAUAUUGCCUUGCAAAUGCUCAGGUUGUGGGCGGCUCAUCCUGCCGUGAAACAGGGGGUCACUGCUAACAACCCAUCGAACGUGGAUUCCUUCGGCCCGGCUCCGCGAGCUUUGGUAUGGACUGCUUAUUACAGGUUUCUCACAGCAGUUCUACAGGGCGGGCUUAUAUACACAGGCCCCAAUGAUGGACCGGACCGCCCACAGCUUUGCAAUGAAUUGCGCCGCGUAGAGACUAUCUACGAACGCAAUCUUCUCUCUGGAGUCAUGUUUCCUACAGCCAGCUCGCAGAACUCGCAAGUCGAGGAAUGGGUGGAGCAGGUGGUCAGUAACUGGCAAGUCUUGUGUGGUCCCGAGUGGCAGGAUUCGGACCUCGGCGAGGGAGGCCAGAAUGCGGUUGGUCGUAAUGUUUUAGAGAUUCUGUACCGGGCAGCGACAAAGACCUAUCACUCUCAUUUGGUACUCCGGCGUCUCUUCCAUGUUCAUUCUGCUUUGGCAGACUUUGACCUCGCUGUGAAGGCGCUCGAUUCCUACAUCGAGAUUGUCACUGCAGCCAAAGAAAGGGCAGAGAAGUCUGCCGAGUCCGGGGAGCUGGAAAAGGAUGAAGUAUUGCUGCAGACGCUCUCUGAAGGAGUCACAUUAUUGAGCUGUGUUGGCUCGUUCGAAGAGGCAGAGAAAGCCCGAGAUCUGACUGAAAUGAUAAGAGAGUAUAUCGACAAGCACAAUACGCCUCCUACAAACGGUCAGGUCAAUGGCAACACUACUAACUUGCCAAACAUCCCCCCCUCCGUGCUGGCCUCCUCCUACCGAGCCAUCGGCGUUGGACUUGCCUGCUGGGCAAGCUGGACUCCUGUGAAUGAAUCACGCGAUGAGAUUAGAGCUGAUGCGAUUCAAUACCUCGAAAAGAGUCUUGCUCCAGAAUUGGGAAGUAGCACAAGCUAUUCCUCACUUUAUACCCUAGGCCUUGUCUUGGCUGAGAACAGAGAUUUAGACACUGCAAUUGACUAUGUCAAGUCAGCUCUGACGCCAAACAGCUUGUCUACUGCGGUAUCUGAUGAUCUUUCCAAAGAACGUGACUUGGUAUCUUUGUGGCAUCUGCUUGCGCUGCUUCUGAGUGCGAAGCAAGAGUUCGAGAUUGCUGGGCGUUCAUGCGAGGCUGCAUUCGAGCAGUUUCCCAGAGAAUUAUUCUCGAAGGGUCAUCGCGAACGGCGUUCAUCGAGGCAUUCGCAAAACCCCAACCAGCGCCAGAUUGUCAGCAGAUUGCAAGGUAGAGAAAAAGAACGCAUCGUCCAAACCCGCAUUACACAGCUUGCGUUCAUCGAGCUCCUGGAAGGGCCCGAAGCUGCUGUCAACCACAGCACACAAUUAUUGAGUCUUUUUGGCACUCUUUUCCAGGACCUGAACCUCGAGGCUGGGGAGACUAAAGCCAAGGCAGACCACCUAGUACCACCAAAGAGCUCUGCCGGAACUACCAAAAGCAUCCGUGGAAGCAUUUUCGGCCGAAACAGAACGACUCAGUUACCAGAUCGCCGUGCUGAUCAGAGUAAUGGUCCUGAUGCCAUCAUUCCACCCACUCCGGCUAUUCCCAAUGGUCAUGUGACGGAUGCCCCGUCAAUCCAAGUCACGGAUGAAGAUCCUCACAGCCGACAGGGAAGACCGCCAACGAUUGGGAGGGCAGACUCCAGGAAAUUGAAAAAGCGAAGUUCAAGCUUUCAUAAAAGCGAGAGGCCGCGUGUUGAAGAGCCCCCGCUUCCUAAUGGAGGUGAAACUUCCGCAGAAUUGGUCGGCAUUGCAUUUUCUGGCAAUACAUCACCAGAGUCCGCGAUCCAUACUACCAAAGGCAAACAGCCACUGCCGGCGAUGGCACACAACAUGAACUAUAAACAAGAAGCUCCUCCCGCCGGACAUGGGGAACAACCCCCUAAGCAGGAUAUCCGACUCCCAAUCGGUGACCGUUUCGACUCUCCGACAAGCGCUGUCACGAAGUUUUCUUUAGUUCAAUCCCAGAAGCACGCCUUAGGUCUUCUCGUCAAAAUCUGGCUUGUUAUUGCUGGUCUUUAUCGCCGAGCGUCUCUGUUCGACGAUGCCCGUGAAGCUUGCGAAGAAGCUUCGAAACAAGCCGCGCGAGUGGAAGCACUUGUUGCAUCACAUGAAUCCUCAGCUCGAUCUUUUAACAAGCGCGGCUGGGGUUCUUCAAAGAGCUCUGAGGAGCUCUGGGCUGAUGUCUACGCUGAACAAGGUCUCUUAUCCCAGGCUCGAUCGAGCCCCCAUCAAGCAAUCAGACACUUUGAGGACGCGCUGCUGCGCUACCAGGACCACCCAACGGCAACUAUUGGACUUGCCAAUCUUCUCUUGGACAUUUGGGACCAGAAAUUGUCCCCAGAGCCAUUGAAUGCUGACGUAGAUCUUAACGCCUCGCGUCUGUCAUUGCUGUCAGAAACCCCCAAGCCCAAGUCCGCGAAGGCCAUCUCGACCGACGAUGUCAAGGUAUCAAGUGUGACCCAGAAUGCGGGUCCCGAGGAGGCUCCUCUAUCUGCACAAGAUGUGGAGCCUAAGCAACUGCACCGUCUCGCGGCCCGCGAUCGCGCCUAUGGGCUUCUUUCGGCGUUGACAAAGCUGGGAAGCUCCUGGGACAACUCCGAGGCAUGGUAUGCGUUGUCGAGAGCAUAUGAGGCUGGUGAGCAGGUCGAAAAACUGAAAGAAGUGCUUUGGUGGUGCAUUGAACUGGAGGAUCGACGGCCAAUUCGGCACUGGUCCAAUAUCGGCUCCGGUGUCUAUGUUCUCUAAUAAGGCAACAAAAUCCUGUAUCUUCUUGUAUCUACCUCAUUUGCCCCCCUGUAGGAACGGAUUUUUUUUUUUCAACGAGAUAUCUUGUUUAUACCAUGAGGACUAUCAUUAUUA